UAUGUUUGAGAUUUAUUUUGGAAACAUCAACAGGGAUUUCAAAACAAAAAGUAAUGAACGCACGAAACUAGAUGUUUAUUACUGUUUAAUUGAAAAUGUCAGAUGUAAAAGAUGAUCCAGCCCCUCCGCCGCCGAUUAAACGGUACAGGCGCGAGGAAAAAUCAGAUUCUGACGAAGACGUGGACAACUAUGAACCUUACGUUCCCAUCAAAGAACGUAAGAAACAGCAGCUUUUGAAGUUAGGGAGGCUCGGGCUGCUCACCGCGGAAGCUGCGGCGGACACUAAAAGCUCUAGCGAAAACGACCAUGACGAUGAAACAUCUCAAGAGGAAUGGGGCAGACGUUACAACGUUUCACUGCUGGACCAGCACAGUGAGUUGAAGAGACUGGCUGAGGCCCGAGCUCUCUCCGCAGCCGAAAAACAGGCAAGAGAAGAGGAACAUAUACUCGAGAGUGUAGCGCAGAGCAAAGCCCUGAUGGGAGUGGCAGAGUUGGCUAAAGGUAUACAAUAUGAAGAGCCAAUAAAGACAUCAUGGCGUCCACCACGUUGCAUCCUCGAGCUGCCGGAGACGAGACACGAAAUGAUCAGGAAUAAAUUGAGGAUAUUAGUCGAGGGUGACGAUCCUCCUCCGCCAAUAAGGACCUUUCAGCACAUGAAGUUUCCUAAAGGCAUUCUCCGCGGUCUAGAAGCCAAGGGCAUCCAGAAACCGACCCCGAUCCAAGUCCAGGGAAUGCCAGCUGUGCUGAACGGCAGGGAUAUGAUCGGAAUAGCCUUCACUGGCUCUGGGAAGACAUUAGUCUUCACUCUCCCAAUAAUAAUGUUCUGUUUGGAGCAAGAAGUGAAAAUGCCAUUUAUACGGAAUGAGGGUCCCUACGGCCUGAUCAUCUGUCCCUCGCGCGAGCUCGCCAAGCAGACCCACGACAUAAUACAACACUUCAUCAGGCACCUCAAGCUAACCGGGAGCCCCGAGAUCCGGAGCUGUCUCGCCAUCGGAGGCGUCGCCGUCUCUGAAUGCAUGGAGGUCGUCCAGAAAGGUGUUCACAUCAUGGUCGCGACGCCGGGGAGGCUAAUGGAUAUGCUGGAUAAGAAGAUGGUCCGCCUUAACGUCUGCCGGUACCUCUGCAUGGACGAGGCCGAUCGUAUGAUCGACAUGGGCUUCGAGGAGGACGUGCGAACGAUAUUCUCUUACUUCGCCGGGCAGAGACAGACGCUACUGUUCAGCGCCACUAUGCCGAAGAAGAUUCAGAACUUUGCCAGAUCAGCUCUGGUCCGUCCGGUGACGGUUAACGUGGGGCGCGCUGGGGCUGCCUCGCUCACCGUCCGCCAGGACCUGGAGCCGGCGCAGCCCGAGGCCCGCACCGUGCAGCUGCUGCACUGCCUGCAGAAGACUCCGCCCCCGACCCUCAUAUUCGCCGAGAGGAAACAGGACGUGGACGCCGUGCACGAGUACUUGCUGCUGAAAGGAGUGGAAGCCGUCGCCAUUCACGGCGGCAAGGACCAGGAGGAGAGGUCUCGGGCAGUCGAAGCCUUCAGGAGGGGGGAAAAGGACGUGCUGGUGGCCACGGAUGUCGCUAGUAAAGGGCUCGACUUCGCGAACAUCCAGCACGUCAUCAACUACGACAUGCCGGAGGACAUCGAGAACUACGUGCACCGCAUCGGGCGCACGGGGCGGGCGGGGGGCGGGGGCGUGGCCACCACGCUGCUGGGCCGCCCCGACCACAGCGUGCUGCGGGACCUGGUGCAUCUGCUGCGGGAGGCCGGACAGCGGGUCCCUGGCUUCCUCCUCGACAUGCUGGGUGAGCCCGACGUGCCGGCUCCCGCUGGCCAGGGCUGCUCUUACUGCGCGGGUCUGGGACACAGGAUCACAGAAUGUCCGAAGUUGGAAGCCGUGCAAAACAAGCAAGCUUCAAAUAUCGGCAGAAGAGACUAUUUAGCGAACACCGCAGCCGAUUAUUAAUAAUAUAGUUUAUUGUAUUUGAGAACUGUAAAAUAAAUUAAUU